UCCACAAACAUGGCGGCUCCCGUCAACAACAAUCCUGGCUGCUGGAGGGUCCCAGAGGUUUACAAACAUCACGAACAGAGGAAAGUGUGCAUUUCUCGACCAAAAUAUAGGGAAGGAAGAAAAGCCAAAGCGGUUAAGGUUUACACCAUAAAUUUAGAGUCUCGUUACCUGAUGAUCCAAGGGGUCCCGGCGAUUGGUGUGAUGACUGAGCUGAUUCAGCUGUGUGCCCUGUAUGGAGCUGUGGAGGAGUACAGGCCCCUGGACGAGUAUCCUGCUGAAGAGUUCACGGAGGUCUACCUUGUAAAGUUCCAGAAACUUACAAGUGCCAGAGCAGCAAAGCGACACAUGGAUGAGAAAAGUUUCUAUGGUGGUGUGCUGCAUGUGUGCUACGUCCCAGAAUAUGAGACUGUGGAGGACACUAGACUCAAGCUGCAGGACCGGAGGAGUUAUGUCAUCAGGGCUGCUCAGAAAAGAGCGAGAGAAAAGGAAGAGGAAAUACAAGAGGAGCCUACUUCAUCAGAUACAACCACCACAUCAGAAAAUAUCCACACACACAGGCAACCCUCUGGCGGUGACGAUACAGGGGAGACUUCAAACGUCAGCCAUUAUUUGGGCUUUCCUCUACUGCCAUUACCUCCCCAAGAACAUCAUUACUAUGGACCUAAAAAUCAACGUGGGGUUAUACCAACAGAGGACAAAAUGGGGACUUUACACAGUACUUCUGUUGAUACAGUAGAGCAGCGAGAAGGGAGUUCAAGGCGCAACCAGACCUUAUCGAGCAGAGUCACAGACCACAGACAGGAGGCACAUCAAGCCGCUGGAGUCAGAUUUCUCCCUCGGACCACACACUUAGAGAAGAGGAAACGCAAAAUAGAAGAGGCUGCAGAGCACUCCAUAACCAUUUCUGGAGAAAACGAGCCUUUGAUUGGGCCAAAACUACCAGAACCAUCCAAACUGGACAUGGAGGAUAAAUCACUGAACACAACGGUCAACCUGAUCAGGAACACAAUGAAGCAGGUGGCAUCAGGUCCAGAGAUGAAACCAGUGGAGAAGAAGAUCAAACCACGCCGUCGGAUUUGAUCAAGCUGGCUGUCUGAUUUAUUAAAGGAUGUUGAAAGAUGACAGUUCAAACAGCUUCUUUAUUAAUUUUUACAGAUUUUGCAUCACAGUGCUGUCAGCCAUUGCGAUAAUUAUUAAAGAUGUCAAGACUGGGAA